AUGAUUGCCAUCAUAACGGCAGCUUUUGUUCAUCUUACCUUUAUAUCCGGCUCUCAUUUCAAUGGCGGUACAAUAACAUGGCAUCCAACCGAUUUCAAUGAUACAAGUAAUCCGAUUAAUAUAACCAUUACACAAACUUAUUCCUGGACGUAUGGAAAAGUCAACUGUACAAACGCUAUGAUAACAAAUCAUUCGUAUAUCAAUUACGGCACUUAUACAACUAUACCAACAGAUACAUUAACUUGUAUCUCUCCAUGUAACACUGGAUCAUCCGGAAAUGCACGUGGAUAUUCAUCCACGCAUAUCAUACCACAAUGUACAGAUACAAAUCCUAUAAUGGGUACAACUAUUGGUCAACGUACUGAUACAAAAUUAUUAUAUCUGAAUGACAAUUUCACAGUGGCCUAUCAGUCAGCUUCUCCUUAUGCUUGGCUACCAUUAGCGGGUGCAGGUUCAGCUAGUGCACUAUGGUCUAUAGCAACGAACAUUGAUUUGUAUUUACGACCAGAUGGCUAUUAUAAUUCGGCACCUCUUGCAACUAUGAUGUCACCGCUCAAUAUUCCAAAAAACGUUCAACAAAUUAUUAAUAUACCAGUAUCAGACGCCAACGAUGAUGAUUUACGUUGCAGAUGGGCAAACAGCAGCACUGAAUGUGGUGAUGCAUGUCCAACUGCAUCAAUGAUACCUGCAAACACUGUAGAGGAUUUUAUCAGCACAACGAGCACAGCUGCAAUGAGUACAGUUCCCGUACAAUUUCUUGUUCAUGUUGUUGACCCUACGUCUUGUGCAGUGAGUCCACAAGUUGUUGGUUUUCCUGCUGAAUCUUCGUGCACACCUGUCCAAGCUGGAGUGCCUUAUAACACAAUCAUAAUUGCGAUCGAUAACUGCCCAUCUGUAGCAAGCAUUGCAGAAAUAUCGACAUUAUCCAUACCUGGCAUGGGCAAGGGCAAUCUUACGAAAUUUAAUUCAACAACAUACUACAGAAAUGUGACAUGGAUACCAGAUUAUAGUCAGAUUGGACCGCAAAUAUUGUGUGCGAUGGCUGUUGACACUAUUGUUUUACUCUUUACGUUACUGCAGAUCACGAAUGCGGGUGUCCAGGGACGGGUAUUACUUGUCCGACAACAACUACUUCAACAACGACAAGCACAUCCACUACAUCAACGAGUUCGGCCACAACGACAACGGCCACCACGUCAACUACAACUUCGUCCACCACGUCAACUACAACUUCGUCCACCACCGCAACAACAACUUCUGAAACAACUUCGACAAGUUCCACUUCAACCUCUUCGACUUCAACUACUAGCACGUCUACGACAUCAACCACUAGUACAAGCACAUCAUCUACAGAAAGCACAUCAACCACUAGUACAAGCACGAGUACCACAUCAUCUUCAACAAGUACAUCAACCACUAGUACAAGCACAUCAUCUUCAACAAGCACAUCAACCACUAGUACAAGCACGAGUACCACAUCAACAACCAGCACCACCACCACAACAUCCACUUCAACAACAUCGACUACGAGUACUACAACUUCGACGACCACUACUUCUACAUCCACAACAUCGACAAGUACAACAAGCACGUGCGUGUCUUUCUGACAAAUGUACUUCAGAUGUAAAAUAA